AUGUACAUACACCCCAGAAAUGGCCUGGACCCCUUCAGCUUUAAGCCGCUUCAAAAGGCCCCCAGGCCGCAGGAGGGCCCCCACCCACCUGGGGGCCCCCCAGCCGGGGUUGGUUGGUGUUCGGGCUUUGAAAAGGCCCCUGAGGGGCCCCAGCAGCAGCAAGCAGCUCUUGGGGGCUUCCUGGGGGGCCCCCUGGGGGGCCCCUUCUCCCUUUCUGUCAGCAGGGCCUCUCUUUUUCGUUCUUUGCUGCUGCUGCUGCUGGGCUCUUCUUACCUGGCCAUCAUUACGCAGCUGGGGGGGCCCGCCGUGGGGUCACUCAAGUUUGCUGCCAAGAAGGACUGCAGGCCAGCCUCCUCUGAGCAGCAGCAGCAGCAGCAGCCGCAGCAGCAGCAGCAGGAGCCGCGCAAAGGGUUUCCGUCCUUCUGGGACUUCAUCUCUCUCUUUGGGGCGGAGGCAGCACGGGACCUGCUGCUGCUGCAGACCAGUCAGGAAGCAGCAGCAGCAGCAAAAGCAGCAAAAGCAGCCGGUGCGGACUCUUGCGCUGCUGCAGCAGGGGCCCCAGCGAGGGGCCCCUCUGCUGCCUUCAGCAGCCGCGUCUCUUUGCUGCUGCGCAAAUGGGGCCCCCACUGGGGGCCCCCAGACGCAGCAGCUCUUGUGGGCAUUUGUUUGAGUCUGCAGAAUUUGCUGCUGCAGUGCAGCAACGCGAUGCUGCAGGUUUCCCUUUGUCUCCAGCCCUCCGGUGUAGGUGACCCUGCUGCUGCUGCUGCUGGCUCUACUGCUGCGCUUGCUGCUGCUGCUGCUGCUGUUGCUGCUGCUGCUGCUGGUUCCUGCGUGGUGCCGGACUCGCCAGUAGUGCUUUGGUUUCUGCUGCCCGUGCAGGCGUGCCUGUUGCUGCCGCUGUUGUUUCUGCUGCUGCUGCUGCUGCAAAUACUCUUUGUAGCUGCUGCAGUGUCUGGAACGCUGUGGCUGCAGGGUGCACUGUGCGUCUUUGACGGCGAGUCACCUGCCUCCGCAGCAGCAGCAGCAGCAGCAGCUGCUGCUGCUGCAGAAGCAGCAGAAGGAGCAGAACACCUGUGGGCUAACAUCCCUAGUGAAGCUGCUGCUGCUGCUGCUGCCGCUGCUGCUGCAUCUGCUGCUCGCGUUGCAGCCGACCAGAGUCUCGGAGAGUUUGUGCGGCUGCUGCGGCAGACUUACCUUCCGUCUGCGUCAGCGAUCAGAAGCAGAACGAACAGCAGCAGCAGCAGCAACAGCUGCAGCUGCUUGCCGGGAAAAUGCAAGUGCAGUAGCGUAGCUGCAGGAGCAGACUCGCAAGGGAGAGCCUCCUCUCCUGCUGCUGAUGCUGCAGCAGCAGCUGCUGCUGCCGACUCACCAGUUGCUGCUGAUGCUGCACAAGCAACGCCGCCUGCUAAUGAUGCAGCGCAUGCUGCUAGUGCUGCAGCGCCAGGAAAGGAUGCUGCUUCACCUGCUAAUGCUGCAGCAGCUGCUCCUGUAUCGGCUUCUGCAUCGGAUGCUGCUGCCCCAGUCUCUGCGGCCCCAGCUGCUGCUGCAGCUCCUGCAGCUAAGGCAAAGACUGCCGGGCCUGCAGCAGCAGCUGCUGCUGCUGCUGAAGGCCCCCAGCAGCAACCAGAUGGUUUGUGGGUGUCUGUGUCAGCGCUGCUAGAGCUGCUGCAGGAGGAGGAAACAAGUGAUGCUGGGGCUGCGCGUGCUGCUGCUCCCGUUGCUGCUGCUGCUACGUCUGCUGCUGCAGCAGAAGAGAAUUCUGCGGCAGACGCAGCAGCAGUGGCGUCCCCCACCUCUUCUACGCAGAAGCCCGCAGCUGCUGCAGCGCAACCUGGCAGCAGCAGCAACAAAGAAUGCUCCUUACAAGUGCCGCCGACCUCUGGGGCCCCCGCUAAUGUUUCAGAAGUUGAGGCACAGAAGCAGCAGCAGCCAGAGCAGCAACAGCAGCAGCAACAGCAGCAACAGCAGCAGCCAGAGCCGCUGCAACCACAGCAGCAGCCAGAGCAGCAGCAGGAGCAGCCGCAGGCGGAUGCACCAGAGCAGUGCAGCCAGCAGCAACCGAAGCAGCAGCAGCAGCAGCAGCAGCGAAUGCCGCAGCCAAGUUCAGCAGGAGAAGUUCCUAAGGCGGACAAGAGGCCUCUAGAGAGUGACGAGCUUGGGGCAGCAUCUCAGGCUGCCAGCAGCAGCAGCACAGCAGCAGCAGCAGCAGCAGCAGCAGCAGAGCUGCCGGCAGCAGCAGCACGAACGGAGGCAGCAGCAGCAGCAGAAACAAAGACAGCAACGGCAGCACCGAAACAAGCGGACACAAAAACGGCAGCAGCUGCAGCGCCAGAUACAGAUCCCGCAACACCUGCACCAGCUGCAACAACCGCAGCAACAGCAGCAACAGCAGCAGCUGCCGAAUCGGCACCGCCUGCUGCUGCAUCUAGCCCAGAAACGCCGGCGCCCUCUGCCAGAGAUUCCAAGCAGCAGCCGCUGCAUGUAACUGCUGCUGCAGUGCAGCAGCAAAUAUGUGAAUUUGUGAAGGAGGCAUGCCGUGCGCUGCCGCCUCCCCAUUUGCUGCUGUGGCACGCGACGUGGGCUUCUCAGCGCACGCAGGUGGAAAUGCUGCUGCAGCAGCAGUUGCAACAGCAGCAGCAGCAGCAGCUUCUGGUGCAGCAGCAGCAGCUGCAGCAGCAACAGCAGCAGGAGGCUGCGGCACUGCAGCUGCAGCAGAGCAAAGCCUGCCACUUACCCGCAGCGCUUGCCGCCCAAAUAGCUUACAGGGAAGCCAGCAAGAGAAAGGCUGCAGCAGCUGCAGUGACACAGCAACCAGCAGCAGCAGCAGCAGCAGCUGCAGUUGCAGCGCCACCGGAAGAAGCAGAAGAAGGACGGGCUCCACAGGCCGAUGCAAGAGGUGGGCCCCCCAGGGGCCCUUCGGAGACACCUCAAGGUCCCUUUGCUGUCCGAAGAGAGCUGCCGUGGGUGCGCCGGCCAGCUGCUGCAGCAGCAGCAGCAGCUGGCAGUGGGGGGCCCCCGGGGGCCCCCAGCAGGGGCCUGUUCACGGGCCCCAUUGCUGAUGGGAAGAGCCGUGCUUCCUGCCAGGUUCGGGCGGACUCUUCUUACCGGCUGCAGCAGCAGCAGCAGCACGAGCAGCCAAAGCAGCUGGAAACGUUGCAGCAGCAGCAGCAGCAACCGUCGCUGCAGCAGCAGUGGAGCCUAUUGAGAGGUGGAGAGGCAGCCGCCGCCGCCGACGAAGAUGGGCCCGCGAAGCAGCAGCAGCGAUACAGCAACCACGGGGGCGACCGCCAUUCGUGCCUGGAUGGAAGAGUGAAACAUCAAAGACCCCACGACGACCUUUCGAGUACCCAGGGCAAACGGGCCCGGAGCCGCUGGUCCCCCGCCGAGACAGCAGCCUUUGUGGAGGCUGUGAACCACCUGGGCGUGGGCAGCUGGCGGCAAAUAGAGAAGUGUUAUGGGGCCGUUCUGGGCAGCCGCCGCAACUCGCAGCUCAAGGACAAGUGGCAGAACCUUUUGCUGCACGGCCACGUCGUGCGGCAGCAGCCGGACGGCCCCUGGGUAUUCACCGGCCCCUGA